AUGGAGUCACAGAAAGGCAGCUCGCAGGAGGACAAAAAGGAAUGUGCAGCUAACAGUCCACUGUGGCAAAGCUGUGAGAAGCAAGGACUGGAUGCAGCAUACUGGCUCCCCAACCUCUUGGAUAUACUGGGGGUUAAGUCCAAGGAAGCUCUGCAACAUCUGCAGUAUGAGGACUACCUUAAACUGGAAUGUAAGGUACGGCGUUCCUGGGAAAAAAAGGCUCUUCUAAAACUCAUGGACAUUGAAGACAAGAAGAAAACAGGUGAGAAUGUGCCGAAGAAGCGCUUGGAGGUGUCAGAAAAGAGACACAAAUCAGCUCUGAAGGAUUUGAAAGAAAUGCAGAAAGAGAUCCACCACACCAAGGAACUGAAAAAAGAGGAGGAGCUGCAGAAAGUCUUGGACAUUCCCCAGGACUUCUUGGACCCACCUGAGAACAGAAUGGUGAAGGUGGUGGAAAAGAUGCAAAAGCAGCUGGAGCAGCAGGAGAAAUCGGCGUGCAGGAGUGCGACCAUCUCUGAUGAGGACGUCUUGAGGCGGGCAUCAGGGGGCCUGGCCCUGCAGGGCAUUUACAGAACCAACUGCCUGGAGGACAUGCUGGCCAAGCGAGAGCAGCUCAUCAAGAUUCCCGAGGGAUUCCAGCUCGCUGGAGCAGAACAAGGGUCGGUGCUUGAGAAGAAGGAGUUUUCAUCUGCUGCAGCAGAAGCCACUUUCACCAAGUCCAUGGAGCAGCUGGGGUUCAGUAUCAGCGCUGCUAGCAAAAGCAUGUACUGGAAUUUUAAGUUUGAAGCUGCUCUAGAUUACAGUAAUUCCUCACAUUCAGUGGAAAGCCACCAGUCACGCUCUGAGCAGGCGUAUUUCUGUAGCACCAAGUACUGCUACGUCCCUGUGGCCUCCUGCUACUUCCAAAGGCACCAGCUCCGCCUCUCGGAUGCAGCGCUGCAGGAGUUACGGGACAUCGAGCAGCUGCUGAGCAUCACUCCGGAAGCAAACCAGCUUGACAUGCUGAAAAGCAGGUGUGGGAGCUUCUUCCACAGGUUUGGGUCCCAUGUAAACCAGGGCCCCCUGCACUUUGGGGGAAUAUUCUGGUGGAAAGCAUCUGUGGAAGGAUUCAGGGCAGAGGAGCGGGAAGACAUGAAAAGGCAAGCCUCUCAAGCACUGAACUCCUAUGUUGGGGCCAGCUAUGAAUACUUUGUCUUCAGGGCAGCAGGGGAUGUUCAUGCUUCACAUUCCAGUUCUGAGGCAUCAUUUAAGGUAAAAGAUAGAAAACAGGAGAAGAAAUCAAUUCUGCUAUUUGUGACGAAAACAGGAGGCCCCUCUGAGGUGGAUUCCCUUGCUGAGUGGAAAUCUGGGCUAGUAAAUAGCAAGGCAACUUGGUGUGUUAUUGACCGAGGCUUUCAGCUGAUCCCAGUGUGGGAUAUAGUCCUAUGUAACCACAGCAACAAUUUUAAAUCUGCUCAUCAGAUGAGCAGCUGCCUGCGGACUGCGUAUGAAGCUCUAACUCACCACAGUGUCACCAUGUUGUUUGGGGAGGAACUGGUCAGCGCCGUGGAGGAGGCCCGAGACUUCUUAGAGGGAGUGAGGGCCUGGGAGGCCACAGUAGAUGAAAAGAAAUUGCUCACGUUGAUAGAAUUCAAACAGAAUCUGAAUGAUAAAACAAAAAACCAUAGCAUCUGGAUCAAUAAGUGCCUGUCAGACAAGACAUUGCAGCAGUUUUUGGUAAAUACCGUUUUGUCUUGCCAGAAGUCAUCCUCCGAAAACACCAUUUAUAUCAAAUCCCUGUUGAGGUGCCUGCUGCAUCCUCAUGUGUAUUCCGUUAAGGAUUUUCCCCAGGCUUCUUUUAUUAUGCAAUGGAUCUUUCACACCGAGCAUGCCAUUCCUGAAACACCCAGUGUUUCUGAGUUUGAAGAUCUUGCUGAGACACUGCUGCAAAUGAAAGGGCUCAUCCAGGAAGCUACCUAUGCACCAGAAGCCUCUGCAUCAGCUAUCCAUGAAGCAAAGAUAAAAGCCACUCUGACCAUAAGCCUAUCUGCUCAUUCCUUACUCCAGUUUCUCCGAGACAGGAAGCAGAAAGACAUGGAACUGUUAGUGCUCUUAGUUACGACCAGCACUGGAUACAGAGUGGAAAGCAAUACUUUUCAGCACCUCCUUGGACUUCCAGAAAUUAAUUUCAUGAUAAAGGAAAUGCAAACGGUGCAUAAAGAAUAUCUGAGUCUGAAGGAGCAGGAUGUUUACAGAGCUGAAGCCUUCCUUCUGCUGACAGGUCUUACUAUAACACCUGACUAUAAAGAGCUGUCUCUUGAGCAAAAGUAUGACCGUUUAGUUGUCAUGAAAGAUCAAAUGGAAAAUUCAUGGUCCACAGAGAUAAAAAAUCUCCUUGAAAAGCACAAUGCAUGCAAAGACUGGGAGAUGUUGGAAAGAAACUUGCAUUCCUUUGUCAAUGGAUGCUUGGAUGACACAUACGAUGAUCUGAAAAAACACAGGAUAAUCAAAGACAUGGAAGACACUUUUCAAGAAAUAAAACCUUCUAGUCAAUCUACAUCAAAAUCUGGGCAGAAAUCUUGCAGUAAAUCCAAAAUAAAUGAAGUAAUUGCAAACCAGGAGUUCCUCAACCUACUCAGGCGCCUUGGACUGGAAAGAUACUAUCCAAGAAAAAUGGGGACGGAAGAUUUCCACAUAUUAUACAAGACAUCCAUACAUGACAGCCAACCCAGCAAGGACAAUGAACUAACAUUUUACUUCCUGCAAAAGCUACUAAUGGCGGAUUAUCGGGUGAGAUACCUAGUUUGCAAAGAAAAAAGUAACCAAGAGGUAACACAUAUACCAAAAUUCCCAGAAAGUGAGCAUGAACGUGCUCACACCUUUGAUGAUUUUUUCACUGAUUUUGCUGAAGUAUCCAAUGUGUCUGAAACCAGGGAGAGUCACGUGCACCCCAUGGACCUCCAGAUGGCCAUUUUUCAUUGCGCUGAUGAUUUCAUGAGACAGUACAUUUCAACAAAGCUCGCCUUCUGCCAGCUUGCACUGCCCCUCCUGGUACCAAAUCCAUGCACCUCCCAGAUCGAGUUCCCUCUCUGGGCCCUCAGCCAGAUUAAAAAGAGCUGGAAAGGGAUGGAAAUAAUGGGAAGGCACACCACGGUCAAGAAUCUCAAAACCAAACUGAUUUACCAGGCAGAGACGCCCAUUGUGUCCUUCAUACGGAUUGGGAGCUCUCCCUCCCCUUCCAAGUCGCAGAUCCUGAAUGCCCUGCUGAGUGAACACAAACAUGACACCUUCUUCCAUCGACACUGCAAGGGCAGCACCAAAGAGUGCCUGCUGAUGAAAGGCGUUGUGGAGAUCUCCUGGUACUGUCCCAGAGGCAGCGCUGAUGACACCUUUGACUGCUGUGUGGCCUUCUGUAAUUUGCGUGGCGACGCGAGAGACCAUGAACCACAACUGCAGUUUUUGCAGGAGGUGUCAUCUGUGAAUGUGGCUCUCCUACCUGGCUCUGAUCAGAGCGACGAGAAAGGCAUGAAAAUUCUACGUGACCUGUGGCAGUCUCAAAAGCCUUUGAUUUGCCUUUUCACUGAAAAAGAGAAUGUUGCAUCUGUCCGAUCUAGCCAAAAAGUAAGGAUAGGCAUCAAGAACAGAAAUGAAGCAGAGUUAAUAGGUGAGCUGACAAAAACGAUCAGAGAUCUACUAGAAGGGUCAAAAAACCUUUUAAGUCUUGAUGCCUGUCAGGACAUAGCUCGCCAACAUGGAUUUAUUAUUGAUGAAGAUGCAGAAGAGUGCGUGACAGCCAAAGCAAAGGCAAAGGCCUUGGUGCAACUCUUAAAAAAGGAGCAAUUGUCUGAGAUCAAAUCACAGCUAUUGCCUCUUCAAGGAAAACUGUGGUGCACAUGGUGUAAAAAGGACAAAGAGCUCAGCCGCUUGCAGGAAAAGAGGAACAAAAGCAUAGAACAUCAUCGGAGCCAGAUUGAGUCAGAGAAGUCAGCAAUACGAAGAAAGCAAUUAGACAGAGCAUUCCCCCUCAAUGAGCUGAUGAAAUCGUUCCUUGGCUUUCUCCAGUCACAGUCAGAAGAAACCAAGAAAUACUUCCUGCAAUGGAUGAAGGUCUUUAUGGAUGACCUGUCCUCUGACUGCAUUGAUGAACUUAGGAAAGAAUAUCAUAAGUUAUGGUAUCAAAUCCUGGAAAUAAAGAAGAGCAGUGAAAAAGACAGUCUGACAACUUUAUUGAAGAACAGGUUAGAAGCCCUCUCAAGUGAAAUCAAUGAUUCAUCCAUUGGUCUUGAACAUAUUUUGAGAGAGGUAGGGCAGAUUUAUGAAGCUCUAGGACCAAUGAACUCAAAAGACAAGUGUUUCUUCAAACUACCUGAAAUUGCUGCCGAUCUGAUGAUUUCAGGAUAUCCAGUUGAACUGAUGGAUGGCGAUGCUUCCUACGUACCAUUAGAAUGGGUCGGGGCAAUCUUUGACAGAUUAGCUGAGAUGCUAGGGGACAAGAGAGUCGACGUCAUUCGCUUUGAUGUCAACACCCACGUUCAUUACUUUGCCCAUCUUUGGGAAGGAAACCCACCGAUGGCGCCUCCCAACCCCGCUUACAGCCAAAACGUGCAGGAGCUCAAGAGCAAAAUUCUCCAGGCUGCCAAGAAGGAAUCGCAGGGCAGAAUUUUAAGGUUCUCAAGCUUGAAAGUGCGUCUUGAGGACCUGUGGAAUGCUUUGCUGAAUGAAAAUUUUAUUUUUAGCUUCAAGAAUUCUGUGGAGAUUGCCGCGUACAAUAAACUGGAAACAGCAUUUAGCCAGUGGACCUGGCAGCUGAGAAGUCACAUCCUGGAUUUGCAAAUGAAACUGGACAAUAGAAUUCGUAAUGGGGAAUUGCAGACGGUCACCACAGAACACCUUGAAAAACUAGUGCAGGAGAAGAAUGAUGACAUCAUGAAAGACCUGGAAACAUUUUUCAGUGAGGACAAAGACUGUGAGAUACUGAUCCAGUGGAAAUCCAGCACUGAAAUGAAGCUGAAGGAACUGAAAGAGUCACUUCUUGCUGAAACCAGAAGGAAAUGCGAGAAAUUUAUUGAAUUAAAGAAGAAACAGAGUAAACUGGAUGUCAGGAAGUCAGACUAUGAAAAUGAGCUCCUGGAAAGGAGCAGGAUGUUGGCUCUGUCUCUAAAAGGCCAGGAAUUAAGUGAAGAACAACUAAGAAAGAGCUUUGAUAGUCUCUGGGUUGCCUGGGUUACUGAAGUGUCCUCUGUUGUUCCACCUAUAGAAGAGGUUCAUAUUGAUGUGGAUUUUGAAGAUGUCCUUCUAGAACAUUUCAAGGAGCCUAAUCUAGCUGCAAGAAUCAAGUUAUUUUCCAAACAACAGCCUUUUUCUGUCGACUUGAAGAAACAUGUCAUUAAGAAAAAACUUUGGGGCGUCUGGCAUACCAGUUUAGGUGAUGCUGAGGUGAAGCACGUGCAUCACAUUACAGAUAACAUCAUAGCGGGGGUGAUGGCAAAGAUUGAUAAGAAAGAGAAGGACAAAAUGGAUUACAGUCGAAAUUUUUUUCAUGAAAUCCUGAAUGAAGUACAGAAAGGCAUAGACUCUGUCCCUAGCAGUGCAAAAUACAGUUUUAAAAAAGAUUACAAAAUAGAUUUAUCACUGUAUCUGUGCACAAUGGCAGCGGAAAGGUUUAAGGACAUGCAUGCAGCAUUCAAAAGGGCAAACGAUCCAUCCAUCUACCUACAAAGUAAGAGAGAAGAUUUCUUCAAGGGUUUCCAGAUUUCCUGUCAAGGAGCAACUUCUAUCACAACAUUCACUGACUUUUUGUGCAGUAAGAUUUCUCCAGCACUUUGCCAGGCAGUCUAUGAGAAGACAGCUAUUACCAUAGCUAGAGACAUGAGGAUUAAAGUCCAAGAUUUUAGUGGCAAUCGAGCUCAGCUGGAGGUCUGCAUAUUGAAACACCUGGCACAAGAGGAAAGUUUUGAGAAAUUCAAUCGCUACCUUUAUUCCCCAAGAGACUUUUUUCAAGAAUAUAUCAAGAAACUUGUUGAUGAGUACUGUUUAGAUAAGAACAGGAGGCUGGAGAUGUUCUUAAAUGACUCCCUUACCCACUACUAUGAAAACAUUCAGUCGGCUGUUUUUACCUCAACCAGAGUUGUCAAAGAUAGAAAUGAUAGAAACGACAAAAUCUCCCUUUGGCUGGAUGAGUUCUGCAGCAGUCUUAAAGAGGUGCUAAACCUGCCCAGAAAGGACCUGAAAAGUAUUGAGCAUCUGAAGGUAACAGACAUAGAGUUCCUGAAUGAUGCCGUGACAGAAGCCCUGGCUCCCCUGCAUGAUGAGCUUAGGCAGGGGUUUGCCAACGCUGACAUGAGCUCCUUUGGGCGGCAGCCACACACCAUCCUCGCUGAGCAGUUUGCAGGGUGCUGGGAGCAGUGUCCCUUUUGCGGGGCUGUUUGCACAAACACUUUGUUCAAGCACGAUGGAGACCAUCAGCUUGUUUUCCACCGUCCCAAAGUUUUGAUCGGAUACAAGUGGUAUAAAACAGACAAUCUCGUGAUUGACAUUUGUUCCAGUAGUGUGGCAAGUGAAUGCGUAUUCAGUGUUGGUGAAAACAAAUGGAUUCCUUACAAGAAAUACCGGGAAGCAGGGCCUCCUUAUUCUGCUUGGAACAUUCAACCAGAUACAUCUGUGGAAGUGUACUGGAAAUGGUUUGUGUGUCAUUUCAGGACACAGCUGGAAAAAAUGCACAAUGGCAAAUUUCAAGGCAAAGGAGAAAUUCCUAACACAUGGAAGAGAAUUACAAAGCAGGAAGCACUCUCACAGCUGGAGAAAUUUUAG